CUGCGCGCCCUGUUGCAGCCCGUAGCACACGCGGAUCGGCGGCGAGAAGCGAGCAGCGUCAAGCGUAGGGGCACGCGCUCUUCGAGUCACCGGUCGCCGAUACUCGCGCUCGGGCUUCGUUCGCUCUUCUCACUCCGGAUCCCGAGUUGCGUGGGCGAGAAGGGAGCACAGCAGUCCGGGCAACUGGUCUCCCGGCGGUGGGCAUCCUCCACGUCGCCCUCGAGCAUUCAGAGGAUUCCGAGUUGCGGCGCUCGAGGAAACGCCUCCUCUGCACGGCCUUUCGGGAUGGGCUUCCCCGCCAUGACCGUGCUCCUCAUCUCGGUGCUCGUCGUGGUCGCCGAACCCAGGAGAGAAAUCAAGUACAAGGUCAAGAAGCAAGACUUCUUGCAGAGGUACCAAGAUGAGAACAAGAAUCGCACAGAGGAAAACGCAUUUGAGAUCUGCCACAAGGUGGCACUACACCGCUGUGGCCAGAACUUCAUGCGGGCGUUCAACCUCGUCGAAUACCUGUCUGGAGCGGAUUACUACAAUACUCAGUGCACGCUGAGAAAAGCUUUCUUCGCAUGCGUUGACAAGCUGCGACAGAAGCCCUGCCGCAAGCGACGCACCUCCGCUCUGGACGACAAGCGAUUUCGCAAAAAGCUGGCGGACGCCCUCUGGGAGACCAGGGUUUGUGUCCUCGGCAUCAAGGACAUUGACGAGCUGCCUCCCAAGAGGAAAGGACUCAAGUGACCGAAGAACGCGGAUCUUGGGCACAUCCAGUACAUGACCACACAACGCGGUCGGGCACCGGGACCUCUUCCAGGGUUCAUGUCCGUCUAAUGCGAAUUUGCUUUGAUGAGGCAGCCUGUGUAGGCAUUAAGUUCCUUUCCUACGGCUUUACACGACACGUCUAGAAGAACGUUACGUAUGAUACACAAACUUCCUGAACCUGACACGUUUGUUUCCGAUCUGAUUUUCGCGCACACGCGAAAGUAAAAAAGUGAAAAUCUUUUCUAGCGAUGUAGUCAGGUUAUGGGAUUCGUGUGAAUGGAGAAGGAUGUGACAUCGUAUCGAAUCGGGCGAUGCUAAGAUGUGCCAACAUGCAUUCGUUCAUAGCUGCUGCAAAUUUAAAGGGGUCUAUGACAUUUCGCGGUAGGAAUAUUAGGACACCCAAAUAUCCGGAUCACAUUUAAAGACCUGUGCGGCAGGUGCCACAGAUAUCACAGGUCUGAGAACAGUAGCGAAAGGUGUAAGAAAAUGGACGACUUUCGGCUCAAAGCAAAUCCUGUCAAAACAUUCUAGAAUGUGGAGGACAAAUUCUCAGGGAGCACGCUUACUUUCGGAGACUUCUGCGCUUGCUGUGGUGAUGCUAAUGAGCAUACCUAAUGAGUGCGUGUGGCCGGGGUGUUUAGAAAAUAUAGUAUUAGGAUAGGUGUUUUUUUUUGUUGUUAUUAUUCGCAUUAUCAUGCAAUACUCCUAUUCUUCGUUGAUGUUUCUGUAUCUGUAACAUACUGAUCACCGAAAGGUAAGAAAGUACAUUAAAUGUCCUUUUUGUUUCUCAGCUAAAGGCCACGGUCGGUUAUUUUUCGAACAAAAAUAAUACAAGAUAGUAUGGCUACUAUUACGGUCAGUUUCAAAAUAGAGUGAAAAACAGCGAUGGCAUUCUACAUGCUACUUCUAAAACGAAGUUCCUCAACUGACAGGACAUUAGACUGGUCGCAAACUCGUGAUAUGUGAUGCUGCACGCAGAAAUCUUGAUAUGAGUAAUUGAUCUUUUAUAAAAAAAUAAGUUGAUUCCUAACUUACACUCAAAUUCAAGUUUCAGAGCAAAGUGCUACUUUGACCAUUUACGGCAUUCAGCUGAACAGGAAAAUACUCUUCAUACAUAUAUUUCUAAAGAAGAAUACAAUUCCACAUACUCCACAAUGUUCGUGUUAUACUCAUUCGUAACAAAUUUCUAGUUAUGAACUUUUAAUGAAAAGUUAUUAAAAUUACAAACAAGAGGUUUGCUUUUAUGGUUAUGACCGCAAAGUCGCUCAGAAGAGAUUGACGAUUUUUUAGUUCAACACCUAAGUUUGGCGUGGAGUGAAAGCCAGGAUAACAUUAUUGCCUCAGUCAUUGUGCUUAAUAUUUUCAAUAUCGUGACUUUACUGCUUCAUUUGGGUUGUGAAGAGUUAUCUGGGUGUUCAGUCACGUGACCAAUGUUCUUGUAGUUUGUAAUCAGCGCGUAAAAUUACGCUCACUGUCCUCGUGCUCGUCGAGUUUCUUCUGGAUGUUCUAGAGUACGUAGCAACUCGGGUAAUAUAUUGUUUUCGUUGUUUGGAAGAACACUUCUGAAAAUUCUCAGCUCGAUUGUUUUUUGUUAAAAAAAAGAAGAAACAAACAAAGCGAUAUUAUUCCUGGGUGUAAAACGUUCUCAAUAUGUUGUAAACACUCCCAAUCUAAGGCGCACAUGAAUUUGCACUAUGUUGGAUUAAGUUUUUUUUAUUGAAUCCAGAUUUAGGACUUAAAGUUCAGUCUACUGAUUAUGCGCAUUUAAUAAGUAGCAUUUGUGCAUUGCCUCGAACUGCACAUUAUGCCAAAUACUUGUGCCAGACAAACAAAAGACAGGUGUUUCUGUGAUAAGUAAUGCAUUUCGAAGUUCUCGUGUUGUCAUCUUGAAAAAGUACCGCCACUUAAAAGUUCUACCACUACAUAUUUAAGCUGCGUAAUUUCUUCCUUAGGCUUUUUUUUUUCAACUUUCCAACCACUCACAGAAUGCUUGUUUGAAACGUACCUGAUUAUAUAUUGAGUCUUGAACUUAUUAUUUAUAAGAACGGUUUUAAUACCUACGUUUGAAUAUAUUUUUUACCAAUAUGUACAUAAUGAGCCUUCUUUUUGAGUAUUCUUUUUGGUGUGUCCUGCAAGGGCAGCGUCGUCGGGUACCAGUCAAUUUUACUCCACCAAGACCUCAACGUUGGUAUUCCGAAUGUGCUUUCUUUAAGCGCAUGCUCUAAAUGUUGGUGUAAUAAAGUGUCAUGAAAACAAA